ACGCCAAUCAUUUGUGAUUUGUGAAAUUAUUCAAUAGUUGGCGCGAUUUUUGUUGGUUCUUUUUUUCGUUUUGUUUUUAUCAUUAUAUAUUCAUUUAUAAUUUGGGCAUUUUUUCUCACGCUAAAAUUGUCUCAUGACACUGCCUUUUUUGUAAUCAUUUCCAACGUGUCGUCGUUGUCGUUUUUUAUUCUAUUGCACCAAGCCAAAGGCCAAACAAAAACACACAAAGAACUAGUUUUGUUUCCUAUCUCUCUUCGACUUUUUUGUUUUGUUUAUAACCAAAAAUAGCAGCAAAGUGAACUUAAAGGCCAUUCAACAACAUCUCUACUGCCGCCGCAAUAAUGCAAAAGCAAGCGGUGCCAAAUACUACAGCAGCAACAGCUGCUUCCUCUACAGCAGAUGAUCCUACUAAUGCAGCUCCUCCAACCGGCACCCGCAAUCAGUUACGUCCAGUCCUUUCAUUUGCCGAUAGUUUCGCCUGUACAUAUAUUGUAUCGGUUAUUGGAGCAGCAAAUGCAGAACUUGUUACAUAUCCAUUGGAUUUAACAAAAACCCGCCUACAAAUACAAGGAGAAGCCUCCAGUAAAAAUGCAGUUACAGCCGGUGGAAAAGGCCAGGCGCCGGUCCAAUAUCGUGGCAUGAUGGCCACGGCGGCAGGCAUUGUCAAAGAAGAGGGCCCAUUGAAAUUGUGGCAAGGUGUUACCCCAGCCUUAUACAGACACAUUGUUUAUAGCGGCGUGAGAAUAUGUACUUAUGAUUUUUUGCGCAAAGAAUUGGGUAAAAAUGAAAGUGGCCAAAAUGUAGCACUGCCGCUGUGGAAAUCUGCCCUGUGUGGUGUUUCCUCCGGUGGCCUAGCCCAAUGGCUGGCCUCACCAGCCGAUUUAGUUAAAGUACAAAUACAAAUGGAAGAACGUCGUCUAAUGGGUGAACCGCCCAGAGUUCAUGGUGCGGCUCAUGCUUUCCGAGAGAUUGUCCGUCGUGGCGGUAUCAAGGGACUGUGGAAGGGCAGCAUACCAAAUGUACAGCGUGCAGCUUUAGUUAAUUUAGGUGAUUUAACAACUUAUGAUACAAUCAAGCACAUGAUUAUGAACAAAUUACACAUGCCCGAUUGUCAUACGGUACAUGUACUGGCAUCAAUAUGUGCCGGUUUUGUUGCAGCGUUUUUGGGCACACCUGCAGAUGUGGUGAAGACGAGAGUUAUGAACCAACCCACGGAUGAAAAGGGCCGUGGCCUCUUGUAUAAAGGUUCCAUAGACUGUCUACGUCAAACUGUAAACAAAGAAGGCUUUACAGCACUAUACAAAGGUUUCUUGCCCUGCUGGAUACGCAUGGCACCAUGGUCUCUUACAUUCUGGCUGUCCUUCGAACAAAUACGCACAAUGAUUGGCGCCUCUAGUUAUUAACGUUGUUUUUCCUUGUUUUUUUUUUAGUUUUUGUUAAUAUUUAAAAAAAGAAAUCUACUUAAGAAAAAACAAAACAAACUGCUAAACAUCACAUACAUUGAAAUUAUAAAUCUAUUCUAAAACACAAAUAAUUGUAAAUAGAAUAUGUACAUCAUAUUAAAUAUUAUUAUUAAAAAAAUGUAUGUAUGUAAGCCGGCAACAAUUUGGCAUGUUUCCCUUUUUAUGAUUUUAAUUUUUUUGUUUUAAAAUUCAGAAAACUAUAAAACUCAUCUCAUCAAUUUUCAGUGCCUAUAAUAUUUAUAAAGACUCUAAAUUUAUGUGUAGAACUUUAUAUUGGUGAUAUUGCUGCAAAACAAAAACCAAUCAACAAUUAAGUAGAAAUUGCGAUGUUUAACAACACAAUUUGUUGCUGCACCCUGCAAUGAAAGCCAUUUUGUGAUUCUCCUUUUUUCUCUCGAACUGAGUUCAAAUAGUUUUUUUUUUCAUUGGUUUUAAUUGGCUUGUUGUUGUAUGAUAAUGAUAUGUAACAUUUUUUUUAAAAAAUGACUGUUAUUUGUUAAUUUAUGAUUUGAAAUAAAAAAAUAUGUUAAGACUUGAUGCCUACACAUAGUUCUGAAUAAAGUGAAACUUACAAAAAACAAAACAAAA